AUGACACGUCGAGAACAGGUGACGGCGAGCUGCAUUACACACUCCAUCAUCUACAGCUCAGAAAAGGGCCCUGGCAUCUUCACUCGCAUCCCCAACUACUUCUGCCUGUACUGCCUCGAAUUGCAGUGUGUCAACCAACAACUAUUCCAAGCGCUACGCCACGGCGCCUGGCACCUCGAUGAGAGCGAAUUCAAGGCCAGCUUUGGCGCCAACGAUGAGCACAAGAGGUUGCUCAAAGCCAUCAAAGGACAUAUGGGCCUCUCCGGCUCCACCUUCUUCACCACACACGAUGAAGAGUACAUCAUCAAGUCCAUUCCUCGCCGUUUUGAGUCCUCCUUCUUCAAGAACGAUCUGUUGCAACCCUAUGCCGAGUACAUGUAUCACAACCCCAAUAGUCUCCUGACGCGAAUCACCGCGUUUCUCGCAUGCUAUCAAUGCAGUAUCGGCACCUUGUUGAAUAUUACACCCACACAUCACAUCGUCAUGGAGAAUUUACUCCACGGAAAACGAGAUGACUGGGAAGACUAUGACCUGAAACCCAUGUCCUACUUUUAUCCCGAACGAGACAUUGCUCAUGGAGCACUGUCGAGCGAGGCCACCAAGACCAAGUUGGCCGACAACUUCCCCGACAAGCUCAUUCUGACUCUCGAUCAAGCUGAAGAUCUCAAAGCACAACUCCAAAAAGAUACCAGAUUACUCGCCAAUUGCAAUACUGUCGAUUACUCGCUGAUGCUCGUCCGAAUACCCAUUCCCGCUGACCCUUCUUCCUCUUCUGAUAAUGAUGCUGCGAAACCCGCCUCCACGAAUGAAGGAGAAGGAGAAGAAGAAGGAAACUUGCCACCGAGAGGCAAACCUCCCGUGAUUGCACCACCCAGUUGGCGCACCUCCAUCACAUCCGCAGACGGAAAAUGGAAAUAUCGAGCGAGCGUCCUAGAUUUCUUCUGGAGUAAACACAAAGUCUACGCUCGAGUGAUGACUGCCCUCAUUAGUGUAUACAAUACGGUGGAUCGACAGGGGCAUAUGAGUAUUACGACUGAUAGUGGAGAGUAUCGUCAACGGUUUUUGCAAAUGAUCAAUGAUUUGAUUGAAGUGAGGGCGUGA